GAGACGCUUAGCAUCCGAGCUGCGUCAGUGUUCGUAACGUGUCGACGAUUCGUCUGCGUUACGUUCCUGUCAUGAACGUUACUGCUGUCUGCUAUUCUAAAAACUUUCAUUCAUAGUGUGGUUGUGACGGUACGUGAUCUGGGUGGGUGGUUAGUGAUCGCUGACUUAUCGUGACAUUUCCUUCCGUCCACUCGUCGAUGCCGUGAAGCCUCGUAUUUUUUAACACAGCGUACUUUUAGAAGCAUUAGCUACAGGUAGAGUUUCGUUAUUUCGAAAUGACGAUCAGGAAAAUUUGCUGCAUCGGUGCUGGAUACGUGGGCGGUCCUACCUGCAGCGUUAUAGCUUUGAAGUGUCCCGAGGUGCAGGUGACCGUCGUCGAUAAGAGCAAAGAGAGGAUCGCUCAAUGGAAUUCCGAGAAAUUGCCUAUUUAUGAGCCCGGUCUGGACGAAGUGGUGCGGAAGUGUCGCGGGAAGAAUUUAUUUUUCUCCACCGAUAUGGAGACCGCGAUCAAAGAGGCGGAUCUGAUAUUCAUAUCCGUGAACACGCCGACGAAAACGUUCGGCAACGGUAAAGGAAGAGCGGCGGAUUUGAAAUACGUCGAGAGCGCUGCCAGAAUGAUCGCAGAAAUUGCGAUCGGGGACAAAAUCGUUGUCGAGAAGAGCACUGUGCCAGUUAGAGCGGCCGAGAGUAUUAUGAACAUUUUGCGUGCCAAUCACAAACCGGGCGUUUCCUAUCAGAUCUUAUCGAACCCGGAAUUUUUAGCGGAGGGAACCGCCAUCGAUGACCUGGUGCACGCGGACCGCGUCUUAAUCGGGGGCGAGGACUCUCCCGAAGGACACGCCGCCAUCGAGGAAUUAUGCAAGGUGUACGAGCACUGGAUACCGAGAAAAAAUAUUUUAACGACCAAUACAUGGAGCUCCGAGCUGUCGAAGCUAGCCGCCAAUGCCUUUUUGGCACAACGCAUAUCAAGCAUAAAUUCACUGUCGGCGGUGUGCGAAGCCACUGGUGCCGAUGUGUCCGAGGUAGCUCGGGCGGUUGGCCUUGACUCUCGAAUAGGAUCGAAGUUCCUUCACGCAUCGGUUGGCUUCGGUGGCUCUUGCUUCCAGAAGGACAUUCUCAACUUGGUGUAUAUAUGCGAAUGCUUGAAUCUACCUGAGGUGGCAGCCUAUUGGCAACAGGUUAUAAACAUGAACGAGUAUCAAAAAUCAAGGUUCUCGGCCAAAGUAAUAGAGUCGCUGUUCAAUACCGUUACGGACAAAAGGAUUUCUAUGCUGGGCUUCGCCUUCAAGAAAAACACCGGCGACACGCGUGAGUCACCGGCCAUUCGCGUUGCUAAGACUCUGCUGGACGAGGGUGCUAUGCUUCACGUGUACGAUCCCAAGGUCGAAGAAAAUCAAAUUUUGGAAGAUUUAACUCAUCCGAGCGUAACGAACAAUCCCGAGCAUGUAAAAAGUAGGAUUAAUAUUUACAAGGACGCUUACAGCGCUACAAAAGACACGCAUGCCAUUGUCGUGUGUACGGAAUGGGAUGAAUUUGUAGAAUUGGAUUACAAGCAAAUCUACUUGAAUAUGAUGAAACCGGCAUACAUUUUCGAUGGACGGAAAAUCUUGGACCACGAUAGGUUAGAAAAGAUCGGUUUUAUUGUUCAAACUAUUGGAAAGAAGAUUACGAGGACUGCUACUUCGAGAGCAUGGGGAAGCCAAACGCAAAUAUAAAUGAAAUGGAAGAUUUCGAUGAACUCGCAUCUUCUAAUUUGAAAAAUUAUUUUAACUAUCUUUGCUUCUAAUUUUAUUAGGUUUUAUAUCCCUGUUCAUCAUAUUUCUUAUUUCUUAAAUUUCGGUGAAUUAAUUCCUAAUAAUUUCAGUGAUGUAUCAUUACAAAAGUAUUCAGAAUAAUGGAGAGGACGUUAACUACUAGUAUAAAUAUUCAAAGGUAAAUACGUCUUUUUGAGGACGCGUGUGUAUACUAAAUGCAGCAAUUAUCACUUUCAGUAACGAAUACGACAUCAGUUGUAUCAAAUACUCGUAUAAAUUUUUCUUAGGAAUAUUUACAAUUAUUUGAAUUAUAUUCAUAUGUAAUUAUGAACUGCAAUAUCUCUUAUUUUUUUAUUGAAAUAAGUUGCAAGUUCUAUUGCAAAUCUAUCAAUCGCGGGCACUUAUGCAAUCCGAUAAAUGGUAUUUUAUCAAAAGGGAGCAGAAUUUGUAACAUUUUUUUGUAUGUAAUACUGUGUGUAUGACAAAUAAUUUUCGAGUAUAAGGUUUGAGAUGUAGUACAUUCCUACAAAAAUGUACUUGCAUACAAGUAUUCGCAUUUUAUUGAAGAAGUAGGUUGAUAACUAUUUGUAUUUAACAUCCGUUAUUAUUAUAAUUAUGUUCUCUAUAUUGAUUAUUUUCUUUUGCAUUUUCUAAGGAAUAUUUCUGUCGAUUUAGGACCUUAUUAUAAAUUGUGUCCUCAUAGAUAAUAUUUUUACAUAUUUGAAUAAUUUUCUUUUAAUGGUUGUACCAUUUUCAAAAGGUGACGAAAUCUUUACUAAAGUGAUUUCUCAUUUUAUGGUGGGAGAUGCAUUAGGUUUUAAAAGUAUUAUUGAUAUUUUUUUUCAUAGUGAUAACGUUAAGAAUGUAUGAAAGGAAGUGCAGGAAUAAUGUUAACGUUACAUUUCGUGUAUGCAUACAAAAUAUAACAUUCGUGAAAACAGUUUAAGAAAUUUAGUAAACAGCCAUAUUUUUCAUAAUAGUCUUACAAAAAUUAUUUUUAUUCUCUUUGAUUACAUGAAAUUAUUAUAAAUUAUGUUUAAACAUACUCUUGUUUUGCAUUUCUGGUUAUACAUAUAC